AUGGGUCGAAUGGGGGCGCCCGUCGCUGGCUCUCGAGUCUCGACCUCGCGCAGAAAGAUGGAGAAUGGGCUCUUCGCUCGCGUGCUAGUCACGAUUGCAUCAUCUCGCCGCUCGAUCUUGUGGCUAGCACUGGGCGAGUGUAACACGAUCCAGAGGCAAAAAAGAGGCCAUCUUUCCUGUUUGAGCCUUCAGCCAGCCCAGCGAGCCAGUCCGCAAUCACCUCGUAUCAUUGGCCCCGACUGGGCGCUUUUAGCGGAGGUACAACACGCGCGCGUCACACCCUCCCGCUGGCACAAGCCCCAACGCGUCCCAGACGCCCACGCACAAACUCCACCAACACAUGAUGCGGAUGGAUGCUCCCUUGCCGAUCGCCGGGCAGUUGACGAGACAUGGCUGGGGAGUUUCUGCAGCGAGGCGAGGCAGAGACAAGAUGAAAUGGGAUGGCUGCAAAAAAACAACGGACAAAGUAAAGGACCGGUUGUAUGUGCCCAAUCACCGCCAACCAUGGCCGCGGCGCCGGGCGAUGCAGUUGUCUUGCUUGCCUCGUAG